AUGCCCAGGUCAAUGCUUGUGAUAAAUUCGACAGUACCGUUGAUAUGGGCUGCUAGAAAAGGUCAUGGUUCUAGGUAUGGAAACUGGAUUCUGCUGAGCGCUGUGCGCAGCGGAAACGCUAAUAUCGUUCGUCUUCUUCUUGAAAAGUUUGCAGAUGUGAAUGCGAGGGUUUCAGAGAAUAGGACGGCUCUUCACCUGGUCAUUGACGAGUCAUUCAUGGACAUUGAACAAAAAUAUCAGCCGCAGAGAGCUAGGAACAGAAGAUUGACCCCAAUUUUGCUAGCCAUUCCAUCAGACUCUCGUUUACUCUAUCGACCUAAUCGCCUGGGACAAACCCUUACUCUAUCGACAAUGCGAACCCGCAGCCGAUUCUCCCGUUUAUAUUUGGUCCAAUAG